GUGUCGCGCACUGACCACGUCGCCAUGGAGUCCAGGGCGGGUGUUUCCAAACAGGACAUUCGGGAGCAGAUCUGGGACUACAUGGAAUCACAAAAUAUAGCAGACUUUCCCCGGCCUGUCCAUCAUAGGAUUCCCAACUUCAAGGGUGCUUCUCGGGCCGCUGAGCACUUCCCACGCUUGCAGGCGUUCAAAAUGGCCAGGACCAUUAAAGUCAACCCUGAUGCUCCCCAGAAAAACGCUCGCUUCUUCGUCCUCGACAGCAAAAAAACAUUGUUGGUUCCAACACCAAGGCUGAGAACAGGGUUAUUUAAUCGGAUCACACCACCUCCUGGGGCAACUAAAGACAUCCUGAGAAAAUGUGCCACCUCUCAGGGCGUGAGGGACUACAGUGUUCCCGUGGGCUUGGACGCCAGGGUCCUCGUGGACUUGGUGGUGGUGGGCUCCGUGGCCGUUUCUGAAAAAGGCUGGAGAAUUGGGAAGGGAGAAGGUUAUGCUGACCUUGAAUAUGCCAUGAUGGCGUCGAUGGGAGCAGUCAGCCAGGGGACGCCAGUGGUCACCAUCGUCCACGACUGCCAGGUCGUCGACAUACCUGAAGCGCUUCUUGAGGAUCACGACCUCACUGUGGACUAUAUUCUUACUCCAACCAGAGUCAUCGCCACAGGGUGUGAGCGCCCAAAGCCAACAGGAAUCACGUGGUCUAAGAUCAGCUGUGCGAUGAUGGGAAGAAUCCCAAUACUCAGAAGCCUUCGCUCCCGAGAGAAGCAGGCCGGGAGAGACGUCACGCUUAAGGAUGAGCACCCGCACCUAGAAGCCCGCAGCCAGCACGCAGCUCCGCCAGGCGCUGUAAGAAGACCCGGGAACCCAGCCCAGCCGGAGGCAGGUUCCCCGCAGGGGGCGGAUGUGCCUUCUGACACUGUUUACGUGGGGAACCUCCCCCGGGACACCCGAGUGAGUGAGCUGAAGAGAGCCCUCAGAGAACGGGGCGCAGCCCCACUGCGGCUCACCUGGCAGGGCCCCCAGCACAGGGCCUUCCUCCAUUUCCAGGACCCAGCCUCGGCCCAGCAGGCCCUCUCCUGCUUACAGGGCUUACACCUGGGUGCCAACACCCUGAAAGUGGCGCUGGCCCGGCAGCAGAGGGCCAGUGACCCGGCAGGUGGCCCUGCUAGAGAGCCGCACCCAGACCAUUGACAGGCUGUGACAGCCUGGACCUCCAGAGGCCUGCAUAGUAGGAUGCAGCUGAACUGUUGCUACACGAGCUGCUUUGACAAGGUUCGUUCUUUCUAGGAAGUCACAGCCUUCAGGCCCUGCCUGGUGAUCUCCUGACGAGUAGGGAAAUUAACCAGUACACUUCCUACACUCCAGAGGCUGAAUUCCCCAUGGAUUCCGUUCUCUUUAUCAUGGUCCUUAGCCCACUGGAUGGUAUAGCCAUGCUGGUUCUCUGGAGAGACAGCAGUUGGAGGGUUUAGGGGACCAAUGAGCAAUAAAUGAGUGGGAGUAAGUGGUGACAGUGGUUUAGAAGAGUCUGAGGCCCCAGCAGGGACCAGACGCAGGAGCACUGUGGGGCAAACCAGGACACACGCUUGUGCCCCAGUACCCUGCCUGGCACUGCUGGCGGGGAAAGCUGCAUUCAGAUCGCAGAAGCCAAGUACCUCCGCCUCCUUGUACAAGCCACUUGUCUCAACUCAGUCCUGGUGUCGGAAAUGGAGAGCUGGUGCGACCUGGACCCUUGGU